GAGACUACUGUUAACGAUUCCAUUGGUUUUUCUUUUAUGGCAACCCUCAAACGUUUCAUCAAACAGUUGUACGUACAGCAACAGUUCUCAAUUCCGAAAAUUAACAUUUUAUUCUGAACUGAUAAUGCGGGACGGCUUGUGGGAGCCAAAUCGCGGUGUUGUGAUAAGCCAAUAUGCUUAUUUUCACUCACAGCUUCCCGACGUUCGGCGCUAAACUGAGAUGAACAUGAUUAGGAAGGCUGACGGUUUAUAAUCAUCGGUUGUAGGCAAACACCGAAACAAAUAUGGCAAUGGGCAAACCUCAACGUGUUCGACAUUAAAUAGAUGCAAUCAGUUUUCGAUGGUCUGAAAUCGGAGAACGAUGCUGAGGAUUUUUGGUCUCGCGGUUGUCGGUUUGUGGAUUAAUUCUUGCGACUCGGAAGCUGUGCUGGUCAAUGUUGAAAAUGGACCUCUGAGAGGAGAACAACGUGACGGUUAUUAUUACGCCUUUGAGGGCAUUCCUUACGCGAGGGCGCCCUUGGGCGAUUUGAGAUUGGCCCCAUCGGUGUUGAAUGAUGAACGAUGGAAGGAACCGCGAGAUGCGUUGAAGCCAGGAUCCUGGUGCAUCCAGUGGAACCAUUUCCUGGAGGAUGACUUCAAGGUGGUGGGCGAGGAGGAUUGUCUGUUUUUGAAUGUCUACACGCCCAACUUGAGUCCGAAUGUGUCGAUGCCGACAUUUUUCUACAUUCACGGUGGGGCUUUCAUGUUCGGAUCAGGAGAUUACUAUAGACCGGAUCAUUUGAUGAAACAACCGGUGAUUGUAGUGACCAUCAACUAUCGGUUGGGUCCGAUGGGAUUCAUGAGCACGGAAGAUGACGUGAUCCCGGGAAACUUCGGUCUCAAAGAUCAGGUGACGGCACUCGAAUGGGUUCGACGUAAUAUCGCCAGCUUUGGAGGCCAUCCAGAACAAAUAACUUUGGUGGGAUUUUCGGCCGGAUCGGCCAGCGUCGAAAUGCACUACCUAUCACCGAUGUCUCGGGAUCUGUUCAAAAACGCUAUCGGCCACAGCGGAUCAGCCCUAAAUCCCUGGGUGUUGGUGGAAAAUUCGACCGCAAAAGCCAAAAAAGUUGCCUCCAGCGUUGGUUGUCAAACGAGUGCCAGCAAAGAAAUGCUAGCAUGUCUGAGAGCUGCACCAGCCCAAGACAUUGUUGGGACAGUCAAACAGUUUUUUGGAUUCAUGUUCAAUCCCUUUUCUCCUUUUGGAGCAGUUGUGGAAGUACAGUCAGAUAACAAUCCGAAACCGUUUUUGAUUGACCAUCCCUACAAUUUGAUGCGAGCCGGUAAGGUCAAGAAGGCUCCGUUGAUUUUGUCUGCUACCGAUGCCGAGGGUCUCUAUCCAGCAGGGGCUUUCAUAAGAAAAAAGGAAUACCUGGAGGACAUCGACAAGAAUUGGAACGCACUGCUCCCUGCGAUCUUGGACUAUCAAACAUCACUGGAUGCCGACGUCAAAGGUAGAAAUCAGAUAAGCGAAACGAUUCGGAAGCGCUACCUGAAAGAUCAACCGCUGACUGAAGAUAAUUUUCGCGAUUUUGUUAAGAUUAUCUCAAAUCGGCUGUACUUUGCCGGUAUCACGACGUCAGCCAAACUGCUCAAGAACCACAUCCCCGUAUACUUCUACUACGACGUCUACAAAACCCAAUACGGGCUCGGUGAACACAUGAGCUACACUAGCACCGACUACGGGGUCGCUCACGGUGAGGACAUUUUGCUGAUCUUUAAGACCGACAUGCGGGAUGGCAAUCACCCUUACAGCGAAGAAGAACGACUGAUGUCCGAUCGAUUCGUGCAACUUUAUGAGGGAUUUUCUCGAGACCGGCCGCCUCACUUUGGACCGCACGCUUUGCCUCGAAUGGAACCUACCGAUGACCGGCUGAGAUUUCUCGAACUGAGCUAUCCCGAGAGUUGGGUGCGCCUCCGCGCCCAGUUGAGUGACGAAGAUUUUUGGAAUCGAAUUGACUUCCACGAUGGCAUGCCGGUUCAGGAGUCACGCAAUAAAACGGAACUGUAAACUUGAAUUGUUUGCCGAUAUAGAUUUGCAUGUUGGUCUAUAAAGCCUAGUCCACACUCGGCAACUUUACUGCGAUUUCGGUUGCUGGGACUUUGUUUAUGUUUUCAUUUUUAACUAUAGACGAAGAGAUGCAUGUCUGAAGUCUCCCGACAAGUGGACUAGGCUUAACAGUUGAUUAAAAUAGUAUGCAGCUCUUCACAGUUGUGUAAAAAAUGCGAAAUACAUAGGUCAUUAAGACACACAAUUUAUAUACAAAUUUUCCAACUUAUAGGAAGAAAAUUGUCCUCAAAUAUGCUCUUAUAUUAUCUUAUAAGCACUUCAGUGUAGGUACUUCGAUUUCGUUGAAUUUGGGCGGAAAUCUUCGGUGGCAUUUGAUUUAAAUUUUAUUUAUUAAC